CUGCCCGACGCCCCCAUGCCCGACGCCAUCCUCGAGCUCCUGCACCAGGAGACCGACACACCGGAAGACGCGGUCGAGGCCGUGGAGAAAAAGGACCCGCCGCCGCCGCCCAUGAACUUCAACUACGACUACGACGACGCCUUGCCCCGGAGCGAAGCCACCAGCGCCCCCUCCCCCAACGUCCUACUGAACCGCGCUGCCGUCGCCACGCCGUCGUCGACGGUGUUCUUCCUCGAGGACGCGGUGCGCGUCGGGGAGAGCCUGCCCUUCCACAGGAUCCAUCGGGCCACCGCCGCUGCCGAGGCGUCGGCAGAGCAGCCGCUGGAGCUGUACGCCGUCCGCUCCGUGAGGGCGGUCGAGGGGUCCAGUUUUGUGUUGUGCCGGGGUGAAGCCGGCGAAGGGGCAGUGUACGGGUGCCGCGCCACCGGCCCGGCGAGGGCCUACGUCCUGUCCCUGGCCGGCGAGCGCAGGGACGCGGCCAUGACCGCGGUUGCCGUGUGCCGCACCAACGCGUCCCCGUGGGACCCGGAGCACGCCGCCUUCCGGCUCCUCGGCGUGAAGCCCGGCGGCGCGGCGAUCUGCUACGCGGUGACGGACGCGCAGGUCAUGCCGGCCAUGAACGGGAAGAGCCCCGCCGCCAACUAA